AUGAUGAGAAUGUCUCUAAAACAAAUGCAGUCACAGAGAUUUUCUGCGACUUCUCGAGUGAGAAUGUUGCUUAUUGGUGCUAGUGGCUUGAGAUCUUCGUCAAGCAAAUUGGAAUGCCCCAGAUUCUCAAACAAGCACGGCAGAAACUGA